AUGGAUAGAGUGCUUAGUUGGAAUGUAAGGGGCAUCAACUCAAAUAGAAAACAGGAUGAAGUGAGAAGGUUCAUUCAGCAAUUUGAUAUUGGGUUGGUUGGGCUCCUUGAACACAAGGUGAAGGGUACCAAUCUUGGUAAACUUUAUCAAAGAGUGUUUACAAACUGGUGUUUUACUGGGAAUGUUAGUUUCCAUAAAGGUGGCAGGAUUGUAGUUGCUUGGAAACCAAGCAGUUUUACUGUGAGUAUACUAGCUGUUACAGCUCAAUUCAUUCAUUGCCAUGUCAUCCCUAUGAGUGGUAAAGAUGGAUUUUACUGUACUUUUGUGUAUGCUUUCAAUGAGAGUAGGCAGAGAUUGGAGUUAUGGAGAGAUUUAAAGAGUUUGAACACACAGGAACCUUGGAUCAUGUGUGGUGAUUUCAACUAUGUCAUGACUAGUGAGGAAAGAAUUGGUGCUCCUGUGAGGCAAGCUGAAAUUGCUAAUAUUAAUGAGUGUAUGCAGGAUUGUUGUAUGGAAGAUGUGAAGUGUGUGGGGAAUAUGUUCACCUGGAAUAAUAAACAGCAGGGUAGUGCUAGAGUAUUCUCUAAGCUGGAUAGGGUGUUGGCUAAUCCAGCUUGGCAGAAUGUUUAUAAAGAUGCAGAGGUGUGUUUUAUGAGUGAAGGUGAGUUUGAUCACUCCCCUGGACUUCUCAUUGUGUAUCCAAGGGUUGCAAGUGGAAGGAAGCCAUUCAGAUACUUCACAAUGUGGAAAACAGCUCCAACUUUUAAUAGCAUCAUUCAAGAUGUAUGGAGUGAACAGAUUGUUGGAAGCAAGAUGUAUGUGCUAGUCUCUAAAUUAAAGAAGAUUAAAUCUGAUUUGAAGGAACUCAAUAAAACUGGUUUCACUGAUAUCCAAGCUGCUGAUAUUAAAGCUCAUCAAGUAUUGAUGGAGGCUCGGAAAGUUAUGCACUCUAAUCCUACUGAUUUAGAGUUAGCUGAUCUGGAAUUACAAGCAAUUAAGGAGUAUAAAAAGCAUCAUCAGGUGUACAUGGAUUUCUUAAAACAAAAAGCCAAGCUAGAUUGGAUUAAAGCUGGAGAUGAAAACACUGCAUUAUUUCAUCAGAGUAUCAAGUCCAGAAUUGUGCAGAAUCAGGUUUACAACAUUCAUGAUAUGCAUGGGAAAUGGCAAGAUACAACUGAUACAGUUUCUGGUGCUUUCUUGGAUACUAUAUGA